AUAAUUCAACAUUUAAAGUUAAUAAUUGGGAUUUAUUUCAAAUUAAAUUUUCGAUAUUAGAUAUAUGGCUCAAUCACGGAGGUGUUGUUUUUCCUUAUUCAAUAUGAAACUUUUUGGGCAUUUGUUUUAUUUCACUCUUGUUAUACUGAAUUGUUAAGGUUUUAUUUUAGAUAAUAUUUAUUGCUUACAACUUUCAUUUCUUUUUAAAGUUUUAGCGAAAAGGAAGAAUAAAAAUAAGAACAAAGGACUGUUUGACAGUAUUCAGAAAAAAACCUUUUGUUACGACAGAAAGUUUGAGGAUGUGGGUUGAAUUGCCUAUAUUGCCUUUACCAUUGGCAAUUGUGUGCUGUGUUAUCAAUUUUAUGCUACCUGGAUUUGGAACAAUGAUAGCCGGGUUUAGCUGGUGUUGUUGUGCACAAAAAAUAGAAUCUGAAGAUCCUGAAGCUACUGAUUGUGAUGAGGAAGAGGACACUGAUUGCGAAAGGUGCUGUGACUUGUGUUUGGCUGGCUUAAGACAACUUCUCGGGACAGUAUGGAUUGUUGGCUGGGUGUUUAGCUGCUACACAGGUGUAAAGCUUUUAGAUAUAAGUAUAGACUAUCAUAACGGUAACAAAGUAUAUGCCAUGAGGGUAGGGCGCAUGGCUAGUUCCGCGUCCAUUACCGAACAGCCAGGCUCAAAUUCUAAACCUAUUACUGAACAACCUAGCGGUCGCCCUACAGUCUCAAACCACCCAAAUGUAGACCACAGGUUAAAGCUAGUAACAGAUGUUUAUACGAUAAAUGAUGACAAUAAAGAACAAAAAGUAAUAGUUGUAUACGACGAGAGUGUGACCGGUAAAUUAGGAAAUGACAGUGGAUGGCAUCCAGGUAUCCUUUUUGUUCAACCUGAAACAGACGAUGAAACAACUUCUAAAGAUUCCGUUACGAUUGAAAAAUGAUGAUGCAGUGGAUUGACAACAACAAGAAGAAUAAAAUAAUCAAACUAUUAAUUAACUAGCUAUAUUAUUUUAAGUUUCUAGAAACUAAGUUUAUAAUUUAUGUCAAUUUUUAGACUCAUUACUAACAAUAACUGAUACUUUCACGAUAAAGAAUGGGUCUAGAGAGGUUUAAAAAAAGAAGUUUAAAAAAAUAACAUAUAUAUGACGAGACCACGACCACCUAGUUUAAAUACAUGGAUGAUGGUGAAACAGAUGAUGGAAGCUCGACUGAAAAAAUAACUUAAUUGAUUUAAAGCAUAUAAAUACUAUGCAGAAAGAUAUUUCGAUUAAUUAUGUUAAUGGGCAGCCUUAGUCUCUUCUUGGGUAUUUUAGAUGUUAAUUGUUUUGGGUUAUCUCGUCUUCAGAAACUCAUCAGAUUUAAUUUACCCACUCCAAUAUCAUCAUAUACCGGCAGAAUUUAGCCUGUACAUUCUUCUUGAAAUAAUGUUAUUCAAUCUGAUUUACAAGAAAAGCAUUGAUGCAAAGCAUCAAAGGGCGUCCAAACAGCAGGUGCAGAUGAACUAGUAGAUAUAUGAUGACAAGAUAUUCUUAUAAACUUUUCAAUGGUUCAUUGGGUUUUACCAGAAUUGUAUAUCACUUUUGAAUGAACGGACGAAAGACAUUGUUCAUUAUUUAUAACUUUGAUCGGCAUGCUAGAAAUUAGAAUAUUACUUGUUAUUUCUUUAUGAUCGUGAUUAUUAAUAGCAACGGAUAUACAUGUAUACAAUCAUUUAUAAUCCAUAUGUGUAACGCAUGAUCAACACCAUA